AUGUCGACCAAAGGCAGACAAAAGGAUACAAAGCGAUCUCCAGAGGUCUACAGAAAUCUGAUUGCAAUGUCUGAGAGCUGUCCCCACUGCGAUAGCGGACCUUUGAUUCGCAAAAGAUACUUGACUAUAUCGCGCAUCAAGAAGCUUAAGAUGGAUUUCGGGGCUCUUUUUUGCUGUCGCCGAUAUUGUCCGGUGGGCAUGUAUAAAAUAGAGUACAGGUGUCGUAAAUGCAACUGGAGGGGAAAUUAGCCAUGAAAAAAUAUUAACAAAUACAUAAAAAUAAUUGCAGUAUCAGCUUUUUAUCAGCUGUUGCAUUUUCUGCCUGUUGAUUACUCAAAAGUAUUGAGUCAAAGCAAUGUAAUAAUGAGAGCGAACUUUGGGUCCCUUAAGCUUUGAGCUUUACAGAGAGAAAAAAUAAGGCUUGUAAAAGUGAAAAUUAUAAAGAUUUAUAUGUUUUGAAUACUAUGUAAAAUAAUGAAUAACUUAUAACAGUGUUUUGGAAUAUUUAAUAAAGAGUAAAUGAAAAAGAAUGUACUCAAUGCAUUGAAUCAACUUUUGUUUGGCAAUCUAAAAUAAUUAAACAAGAUAAUACAC